GCAAUGGCUAUACCUGACAAGUGGAUUGAUUACUUGAAAAAUAAGGAAGAUAAAGAGUGGUCUAUGGAGGAAAUAUCAUGGAGUUUGACUAAUAGGAGAUACACAGAGAAGUGUAUAGCUUAUGCUGAAAGUCAUGACCAGACUUUUGCUUUCCAUUUAUUCAGUGGCCUUUGCUCCAGAAUUGUCACUGGCCCUUUUUAGGUCAAAUACUCUUCUCCACAUUUGCGCAGGAGCAUUACUUUGAUUGUCCAUACCAGUUGAGCUCUCAGGAGAUUGGCCAGACAUACCAGGACUAUAGACUAUUGUCUGAGUGCUUUUAACAAUUUCUGGAAUAAUAUAUAUAUAAGUGCAAAACAUUUGCUCUGGCGUGUUUAUUGAGAUGGCGCGAGACUAUAUUUAUAUAUGUAAAUGUUUUGUGGCAUUGUGUUUUUUAGUGCUUUGUUGGUUUUGUUGUGUUAGUUCCAUGAGCUGUGAGGAUUGUGUGCAAAGUUUUGUUAUGUUCUCAUUUUGCAAUUGUUUGCUUGAUAGUAAUUGAACUUGGAAAUCUUGUUCCCUUAUAAAGAUUUUGGGUUUUAGAUUUUCCCUUUCACUGAAGAAUCCCUUAAAUCAUAAAUCCCGAAUCCAUUUUCAAUGGCAUUUUACACCCUCCACCCCAAUUCUUCAUACUUAAUUACAAAAAAUGCCAUCAAAAACCUCACUUUUAACUUUGACUGUUGACUAAAAAAGGAUCUCCUUUCAGUACACUUACUACUUCCGGUCUAAAACUGCACAGUGGUUUGAAUGUUUUUGCGAUCACGUGAUGCUGUCUACACUAUUUCUACACCGAGUAGCUUUCCUACACUUUGGUUUAUAUUGUUUCGGCAAAGAGACAAUUUUCUCAUGGCUGCAAAGUCUCCGGGAGCUGUAUCUUUUCCUCUUCAAUUCAUUUCUUACAGGUCAGUUUGAAUUUCAUUGCAAUUUGAAUUCAAAACCCCAAAUUACAUACAGCACAAAGCAUUCCAAACUCACUCUCUCAUUAGGGCUGCGAUGAAGGAGGGGUUUUUCAAUCAUCUCAAUCUGGAUAGUUUUCCUUCAUCAAAAGGUUUCAAAUGGAAAAGAAGAAGGCAAAAUGUGGAAACCAAUAAAGAAAACAUAAAACAAUCUGAAGAGGGAAAUCCUAGCACUGGUAGUCUGUUAAGCACAACUGAACAGAAUUAUCAAACUCCUACAAGGCCUCUAUCUGCUCUAUCAAAUCAGAGCUCUGUUCUGAAUAUUUGUCCACAGAAUGGUGAUGCUGCAGUGUACAUUAAGAUGAAGAAACCAAAUACUGCUAUAAGAGAUGCCAAUACUGCUUUAGAGAUCUUUGUCUGGAGAAAAAGCAUUGAAGCUUCCGGCAAGAACAAAUUAAGUCACUGGACUUAUGGAAAGCAAUGCAUCGAAACUAUAUUAAAUUUGAUGCACUGCUUCUAAUGAAGUCCAGUAACUUUAUAUUAAAAGUUCAGUGUGCAGUGCCUCUUGAUCUGUAACCUGCCACUAUUUGUAUAUUUAUAAGUUCUAAAAUUGAUAAGAUAUAUCAGUUUGGAGCUUCUUUUUCAGACACCGGAAACUGUAUAGCGGAGAACCCUAUGGUUGCAUCCUCUAGGCUUCCCUCUGAUGAGAGCUAUUUUCAGGGACCUACUGGCCGUUAUUCUGAUCGCCUGCCGAUGAUCGACUACAUUGGUAAUAAAAAAUUCAUUGACUUUCCGUUUAAAGUUGAAAAGUUUCUCUUUGAAUGAUAUGGUAUAGUGGUAUACCAUUUCUCAAUCCCUAUUUAAAAGACAAUGCAAACUUUACUUUGGCGUAAACUUUGCGGUUGCUGGUGGUACAACUUUAUCAAUAAUGGCUUUGGCAGAACAAAACCUUAUGCUAGAUAGUACCUGUAUUUCCUUCAACUUGAGUAAAUGUCCUCUUAUUUAGCUUGACAAUGCAACACAGAAUGUAGUCGAGAACCAAAUUAGUGUUCUAAUGUGAUGUAAACUUUGGGACUUUUCAACAGUUUUUGUUUUUAUCUCAGGUUA